AUGCUGGCCCGUUCCGUGCUGCGAUGCGCAGCUCCUUUGCGUCAGAACCUCCGCACAUAUGCAACCGAAGCCCCCAAGCCAUCUUCCUCAUCCUCCACACCUUACCUUGUGGGCGGUGCCGCAAUCGGCGCCGGAGUUCUGGGCUAUUCAUUCUUGGGAAACAACAAAAAAGCCGCCGCUGAUGCUCCCAAGCCGGCUGAAGAUGCAAAAGCCGCCCUUCCUAUGGCAAAGACCUUCACCGGUGGUGACCAAGGUUUCAUCGAUCUGAAGCUCUCUGAGGUUGUCCCCUAUAAUAGCAACACAAAGGUCUUAAAGUUCGACCUACCCGACCCCGAACAUGUAUCGGGCUUGGGUGUUGCUUCUGCGAUCAUCACAAAAUUCAAGGGACCCAAUGACGAGAAGCCAACUAUCAGACCAUACACCCCGGUCAAUGCCGAAGAUGCUAAAGGCCACCUCGACCUCAUCGUCAAAGUAUACCCUGGAGGCCCCAUGUCCGAACACAUCCACUCACUGAAACCCGGCGACACACUGUCCUUUAAAGGCCCGAUUCCCAAAUAUCCAUGGGCGGCCAACAAGCACGACCACAUCACACUGAUCGCAGGUGGCACCGGCAUCACACCGAUGUACCAACUGAUCCGGGGCAUUUUUAACAAUUCGGAAGACAAGACCAAAGUAUCGCUCGUGUUCGGCAACAUCACGGAGAAGGACAUCCUGCUGAAGGAGGAGCUCGAGAAGAUCGAGAAGGAGUUCCCCCAGCGAUUCCGCGCCUACUACACGCUCGACCAGCCGCCCAAGGACUGGGAACAGGGCAAGGGCUUCAUCUCCAAGGACCUACUCAAGUCGUUGAUCCCAGAUCCCAGCAGCGAGAAUAUCAAAAUCUUUGUCUGUGGACCGCCUGGGUUGUAUAAGGCUGUCAGUGGGCCAAAGGUCAGCCCGACUGAUCAGGGUGAUUUGACGGGUAUCUUGAAGGAGCUGGGCUAUACCAAGGACCAGGUCUACAAAUUCUAG